AUGCAAAGUACUUAAAAUUAAGAAGAAUAGCUAUAAACCGAUUCGGCCUCUGACCCAAAAAAAUAUGAAUUUAAGUUUGGUGUCCACAAGAAUUAAGUGAGUUUAAAGUUAUAACAAUAAUUAAAUGUAAAUGGAGGAGACGUAUUUUCUUUGAGAUAUGAUCAAGAUGAUCAAUAUCUUGCUGUAGGGAUGUCAGAAGGGCUAAUUCAUCUUUAUAACUAAAAUAAAUUAACACACACCUUAGAGUAAUUCUAAACACCAGUGACUGCUUUAAGAUGGAGGCCCAAUUAUGGACUAAAAGCAAAAGGAAUAUUGGUAUCAGCAAAUGCAGAAGGCCACGUUAUCCAUUGGCACGCUAAUUCAGGAAAAUAAUUACACAAAAUUGUAGAAGAGAAUAAUAGUGUUUUAUGCUUGGACUUUAAUUUUGAUGGUAGUUUAUUUGCAACUGGAGGUAAGGACUUCUGUAUUAGAAUUUAUGAUGAUGAUAUAAAAAGUGUAUAGCAUCAAUAUUAACAGGCCGAUUGGGGAUAGAGAGGCCAUGCCAAUAGAGUGUUCGUAGUAAAAUUUAUACCAGAUUAACCUAAUAUCUUAAUAUCUGGGGGUUGGGAUGCAAAUAUCUUAAUUUGGGAUAUAAGAGAGAAAUAAUGCGUAGGUCAAUUUUAUGGUCCAUCCCUAUCAGGAGAUUCGCUUGAUUUCUCAGUGAAAAGAUAAUUGAUUUUGACUGGGUCACAUAGAACAGAAAAUUAAGUAUAAUUGUGGGAUUGGAGGACAAGAAAACUUUAUUAAGAAAUACUUUGGACUGGAACUCAAUCUGACGAUAAUCGAUCAUAUUAUAUCUAUGCAACUUAGUUUAACAAAGCAAAUGAGGAUUAUAUAUAUGCUGGUAGUUCAGGGGUUCACGAAAUCAAAAUGUUUAGUUUGAAAGAUGGUCUAGCUAAGGCUUCUAUUUUGGGCUUACCAAAAAGCAUACUCAGCAUAGAUUAGAUGAAUACAACUGAUUCAAUAGUAUUUAGUGGAAUGGAAGGAAUUGUUAACAUUUUUAAGGCAUGA